AAUGAGGACCAGGCAUGCUGCGAGGUGGUGUUUGUGGAGAGGAGGUCCAGCCCGAGGGGUCGACUGUCAUCCAGGGAAGGCGUCGGGGAGCUGGAUGGGGGCAGGAAGGGUUUUUAUUUCCACUACUGGGCCUUGUUUGAUGGCCAUGCAGGCAGUGGGGCUGCUGUCAUGGCAGCUGAGAGGCUCCACCUGCACAUCUGUGAGCAGCUCCGGGACCUCGUGGACAUCCUGCAGGAUCCUUCCCCACCUCCCAUCUGCCUCCCAAACGAUGUGAAGACAGGUGUGGAUCCAAACCGUGUGUCAGAGGAUGAUGGGGAUGUCCCCAACGAUGCUGUGCCACGGUUCCACCUGGAGAAAGCAGUGUCCCAUGAGAGCCUGGUGAUUGGUGCCAUCGAGAAUGCCUUUAAGCACAUGGACGACCAGAUCGAGCGGGAACGAGGGUCCCAGCACCUGGCUGGGGGCUGCUGUGCCCUGGCUGCCAUCUACCUCAUGGGCAAGUUCUACGUGGCCAACGCUGGUGACAGCAGGGCCAUUAUCAUCCGUAACGGGGAAAUCAUUCCAAUGUCCAGGGAGUUUACUCCAGAGACAGAGAGGCAGAGCUGCUGCUUCUUCCCACAGGCAUUGCUGAGGCCUGAGCUGCUGGGGAAGGAGUUCACCCACCUGGAGUUCCCUCGCAGGAUCCAGCCCAAGGAGCUGGGAAAGAAGAUGCUAUACAGGGACCAGGACAUGAAUGGCUGGGCUUACAAAAAGAUAGAAGAGGAUGACCUGAAGUUUCCACUUAUCUACGGGGAAGGCAAAAAGGCUCGGAUGAUGGCCACCAUUGGAGUCACACGAGGCCUGGGAGACCAUGACCUCAAGGUGUUCAGCUCCAACAUCCACAUCAAGCCUUUCCUGUCCUGCUUCCCAGAGGUUAGGGUUUACGACCUCACGCAGUAUGAGCACUGUCCUGAUGAUGUUCUGGUCUUGGGCACUGAUGGGCUCUGGGAUGUCACCAACGACAAGGAGGUGGCUGGUGUGGUGAUGGAGGUGCUGACAAGCUACGAGCCCAAUGACCCAUGCAGGUACACCAUGGUGGCCCAGGAGCUGGUGGUGCGGUCCCGGGGGGUGCUGAAGGAGCGGGGCUGGCGGCUGGCCAACGACAAGCUGGGCUCUGGUGAUGACAUCUCUGUCUUUGUGAUCCCUCUGGGUGGGCCAGGCAACUACACGUGAUGCCUGGUGAGCCUGGGGCAGCAGGGCUCGCCUUGCCUGGAUGGAGACGAGCAGGACAGUGACACUGCCUCAGGGCCACCUCUCCCCAAGCACUUCUUUCCUGAACCGACUGCAAGAAGAGUAAGAAACCUGGAGCCUCAGUCUGUGCCCCUGCCCAGAGCAUCCCCCUCCACCUGGUUGCAUCCCAGGCCUGGGUGGAGAUGGAGAGGCCUUGGAUAGAGAGUGAAGACUGGGGUUGAAGGAUGUUUUUGUGCUGCUACUUUCUCAAUGCUGUGAAAAGCCAGAAGGCUCCCCAGCU